AUGAGUCGGUGUGCUAUCCAUCAGCGCCCACUGCCAUUGCCGUUGUUGCUACGCCGCCGCCGCAUCCAUGGCUUCCGAACCUUUUGCACCUCGCGGCGCCUCGGCAAGGACCCGCGCAUACCCGGCGCAGGAAGAGAGAUUAUUGACGACUUUGCUCAGCUGCGCGAGCACUAUGCUACGCCAAAGUACCCCAUCGUCCUCGCCCAUGGCCUCUUUGGCUUUUCGGAGCUACGUCUCGUCCCGCGGCUUCCGGCCGUGCAAUACUGGCACGGCAUCCAAGACGCGCUGCGGGCCAACGGCGCGACCGUGUUUGCGACGUCGGUGCCGCCCUCGAGCUCCAUUGCCGUGCGCGCGGCCACACUCGCCGACGGCAUCGUCGCGGCUCAAGAAGCACAAGAGAAAGCUUGCGCCUCGCCACCGCCGCCCGUCAACAUUAUAGCGCACAGCAUGGGCGGGCUCGAUGCGCGGUACAUGAUCUCGCGGCUGCUCCCGCGGCCUGACGUGCAGGUGGCGUCGCUGACUACGAUUGCGACGCCGCACCGGGGCAGCCCCGUGGCCGACUACCUCGUGGAGACGGACUCGCGCUCGCCGAUCCACCUGCCGCAGCUGUACGCGCUGCUGGCCCGCGCGGGCCUCGGCACCGAGGCGUUUGAGCAGCUGACGACGCGGUACAUGACGGGCACGUUUAACCCCGAGACGCCAGACGUGGACGGGGUGCGGUAUUUCUCGUACGGCGCGGAUAUGAAGGAGGUGCCGUCGCGGCUGAGCGUGUUUCGGCCGCCGUGGCAGGUGAUGCAGGACGCGGGCGAGGGGCCGAAUGAUGGGCUUGUGAGCGUGGCGAGCAGUAGAUGGGGCGAGUAUAGAGGCACGCUGGUGGGCGUGGGCCAUUUGGACCUGAUUAACUGGUCGAAUCGCAUGCGAUGGGCGCUGCGGGAGAUGAUGGGCAUGAAGAGGACGUUCAACGCCGUGGCGUUUUACCUGGACAUUGCCGACAUGCUCGCCCGGGAAGGCUUGUAG